GUAAUGGAAGAGAGCCCAGCACCUGCCCAGUGGAGGAAUGUCCUGGUGGAGCAGGUAGUGGAAGAGAGCCCAGCACCAGCCCAAAGGAGGAAUGUCCUGGUGGAGCAGGUAGUGGAAGAGAGCCCAGCACCAGCCCAAAGGAGGAAUGUCCUGGUGGAGCAGGUAGUGGAAGAGAGCCCAGCACCAGCCCAGUGGAGGAAUGUCCUAGUGGAGCAGGUAGUGGAAGAGAGCCCAGCACCAGCCCAGUGGAGGAAUGUCCUGGUGGAGCAGGUAGUGGAAGAGAGCCCAGCACCAGCCCAGUGGAGGAAUGUCCUGGUGGAGCAGGUAGUGGAAGAGAGCCCAGCACCAGCCCAAAGGAGGAAUGUCCUGGUGAAGCAGGUAGUGGAAGAGAGCCCAGCACCAGCCCAAAGGAGGAAUGUCCUGGUGAAGCAGGUAGUGGAAGAGAGUCCAGCACCAGCCCAGUGGAGGAAUGUCCUGGUGGAGCAGGUAGUGGAAGAGAGCCCAGCACCAGCCCAGUGGAGGAAUGUCCUGGUGGAGCAGGUAGUGGAAGAGAGCCCAGCACCAGCCCAGUGGAGGAAUGUCCUGGUGGAGCAGGUAGUGGAAGAGAGCCCAGCACCAGCCCAGUGGAGGAAUGUCCUGGUGGAGCAGGUAGUGGAAGAGAGCCCAGCACCAGCCCAGUGGAGGAAUGUCCUGGUGGAGCAGGUAGUGGAAGAGAGCCCAGCACCAGCCCAGUGGAGGAAUGUCCUGGUGGAGCAGGUAGUGGAAGAGAGCCCAGCACCAGCCCAGUGGAGGAAUGUCCUGGUGGAGCAGGUAGUGGAAGAGAGCCCAGCACCAGCCCAGUGGAGGAAUGUCCUGGUGGAGCAGGUAGUGGAAGAGAGCCCAGAACCAGCCCAGUGGAGGAAUGUCCUGGUGGAGCAGGUAGUGGAAGAGAGCCCAGCACCAGCCCAGUGGAGGAAUGUCCUGGUGGAGCAGGUAGUGGAAGAGAGCCCAGCACCAGCCCAGUGAAGGAAUGUCCUGGUGGAGCAGGUAGUGGAAGAGAGCCCAGCACCAGCCCAGUGGAGGAAUGUCCUGGUGGAGCAGGUAGUGGAGGAGAGCCCAGAACCAGCCCAGUGGAGGAAUGUCCUGGUGGAGCAGGUAGUGGAGAGAGCCCAGAACCAGCCCAGUGGAGGAAUGUCCUGGUGGAGCAGGUAGUGGAAGAGAGCCCAGAACCAGCCCAGUGGAGGAAUGUCCUGGUGGAGCAGGUAGUGGAAGAGAGCCCAGCACCAGCCCAGCUCAUAAACCAACAACAGAAGGCAACAACAAUACGUCCAAAUUCUUAG